AUCGCGUAGCGCGACACCAUGACAUCAUAUUCGAUCAAAUGUCAGUUUCCGACGACGCGCCUAAACACUAAGUGUCCGGAGCCUCCGCAACAGACACUAUCGUAAGUCAGCAUGCUCGGGGCUUCCCUCAUAUUCAACAGGCACGGGGCUGCUUGUCUUGCUCGACUGCGACUGUUAUACUACUCAUUCACUUAGCCUGCGAAGCCUGUCAUGUCUUUCAUUGAGCGCAAAACGACGCGGGUCACAGGCAACAAGCCGCAUAAUGACCGCCGCAACAGCACCUUUGGCGGAGAGGCCUCAGGUCAAGUCCCAAAUGCGAAGAAACCUCGAUCACGACCUGCGAGGUCAUUGCGCGACCGUCUGCCGUUCCCCCAGGGCACGCUGCCUCCUUCCUCCGGGCCGUAUUCGAUCGCAAAUAUGGAAAUUGAAGUUCCUGUUGAGAACCCCCGGCCCAUAUCAGACAUAAAGCGAGACGGACGACAUCUGUUACAACUUGAGACGGUACUCUUUACGCUGUACUACCCAGCAGCGUUCGGGUCCGGUGAAGGGCAAGACCCAGCGGGGCAUAAGCAUUGGAGCCGCGAGACGUGGCUGCCGCGACCGCGCAUACAAACAGCGCGGGGAUAUGCGCACUUCGCUGGUGUUCCCGAUUGGACUCUUAUUACGUUCUUGGGUGCGACCUCCAUGCUGACCAAGCUGCGAGGCUUCCGUAACAGCCCACCGGCUACACAUUGGCCACCAGGAGGGAAUUCGAAGCAGAACGGUUACAAAAUCAAGAAUCAAGAGGGAUCUCCGCCGGAGGGUCAUGACGCGGAGCCGGUCUUUCCCCUGCUAAUGUUCAGCCACGGCCUUGGAGGUACCAGAACUGCAUAUUCAAAUCUAUGCUCUGAAUUUGCAAGCUAUGGCUUUGUUGUCUGCGCUGUCGAACACCGUGAUGGCUCAGGUCCUAGGACGUUUGUAAAUCACAAAAAGCAGCAUACCAGAAGCAAAGAUCACAAAGGAGGUGCAAAACCGAACAGUGGAGAUUGCGGAGGCGAUGAAGAAUGCGAACAAGAGUGGGAGAGGUGGAAGCAUGUGGAUCAUACAGCAGAAGAGUUGCGCAAAGGCCACCACAAUAUUGACUACAUCUUUCCUAAAAACAAUCCAAGGGAUACAGCACCAAACAACGAGCAGGGUGUUGAUCAAGAUUUACGAAACGCACAAAUUGAGUUACGACUAUGUGAGCUGGAGGAAGCCCUCUGCGUGCUCAAAAAGAUAUGUGCUGGAGACGGUGAGGAGGUUGCUCGCAGCAACCUACGGAGCGAAGGCUUUGUUGGUGGUUCUUCGAGAGGCCUAGAGGGUGUCAACUGGCAGCAAUGGAAGAAUAGGUUCCACAUUGACAAGAUCACUAUGGCAGGGCACAGUUUCGGUGCUGCUACCGUAGUAGAAGUCCUGCGACACAAUGAUCGCUUCAAGAAUGUACAGGCAGGGAUCAUCUACGACAUCUGGGGUGCUCCUAUCAAGCCCCCUGCAGAAGCUCCGGAACAUCGUAUACAUGUACCACUGCUUGGAAUCAACAGCGAGGCCUUUAUGUACUGGCAGCAAAAUUUUGACUCCGUUAUGUCUUUAAUGAAAGAGGCCAAGGAGAAUGGUGCACCUGCAUACCUUCUUACAGUCCGAGGAUCUGUACACAUCAGCCAGUCUGACUUCUCGCUCCUGUAUAAACGCAUUACCAACCUCUUGAUGAAGGCAACGGUGCAUCCUCAGAGAGCAAUCGACUUGAACGUCAGCGCCUCACUCGAAUUCCUUCGCCUUAUCGCGCCGGAUGCUGGCGCUGGAAAGUCCUUAAUCAACCGUUCGAUGACCGACGAAGGGCUCUUAGAAACCGAACUGAUCGAGGAAGUGCCCAGCGAGAACCGACCGACCGAUCAGUGGAUCGCCGCUAGACUGAAGGUGCCCCAUGAGUUCCGCACGCGGCUCACUGCAGGGGUGCAACGGCGAUUCAAGAAGAACGAUAAAGGCCAACCCGUCUAUAGCACAGGUGACGAAGUGUGGAUGCAUUUCAAGUCUACAGCACAAGAGCUCGAGGAUUGGAUCAAGGCGGAGGGUCGAGGAGAAGAGCGAAUUGACAAUAAGCAUGCUGCCAAGUCGGGUCCAAGGACAGACUGUCCUGCAGGCCAUGAAUUGCAUGCCAAUGGCUUGGAAAGCGAUGCGGCUGGGGACCCGCUCGGCACAUCUGAUUGUACAGCACACGAUAAUACCAGGAACAGCAACAAGAGUGUGCAUGCAUAGCGUUGUACUUGGAAUCAAGCGGAAAGAGCAGCACUCGCAAUGAUGAUGGGGAGGAAGAGUGUAGGAGGCAAUUUAUCAAUGCGAAUGCGCUUCAUUGAGUUCCAAUCGUUUUGAACAUAUCAUUGAGACACGUUGUAUCUGAUUCGAAACAAUGCCGCAUUGAGAAGGGGUUGCGAUGCUUCGUAAGCGGGAUGCUAAGCCCACGUGAUCUUGGCACUAGCCGAGGUGGCGCUGUUGGUCGGUCGCGACAGCCGUGG